AAAAGCGGAAACCUUUUUGUUGGCUGCAAGUGUUCUGACAGAAAGAUGUCACUAAAUUCAAUCCAACCCACGGUGUCUACUCUGAAGACAUGCCAGACAGACAUUGGUACGGGGAUGGACAUUGUGUCAGAGGUUGCCUUGGAUCUGGUGGAAGCACAAGAUACUGACGACAGUCCGAAUCUGAAGAGACUGGAGCAGAUGAUGUUAGAAUGCGCCAGACUGGACAAAGAGAUCAGCUGUUUUGUAGCAUCCACUGAACAGAUGACAGCUCAGGUGAGACAUGAACCUCCACAAGCCAUGUUCACUUUGAAAGAUUCAGUAAAGAACCGCUUCAAAGAACUUAUGGCUGAAGUCUCAGAUGCAGAUGUUCGAAGGCAUAGCAAGGUUGUCGCCUUCAAAGAAAGCAUCAGGAAAUCUCUGAUCAAACAAAAUGAAAUGACAGGUUCCAAUGUCGAAGAGGAGCUGGAUGAGGACAUCGCGGUCACACAGAGCCAGACAAACUUUACAUGCCCUCUGACCCAGGUUGAGAUGGUGAAUCCAGUAAAAAACAAAAAGUGCCAACAUUACUACGAUCAAGACGCUGUGCUGGCCAUGAUUAAAAAUAAGCAGAGCAAGAAGAAGUCGUUUCGCUGUCCUGUGGUUGGCUGUGGAAACACAGAUGUCAGGAAGUCGGAUCUGGAACUUGACAUGGUUAUGAAGAGGAUGAUCCAGAAUCAUAAGAGGCAGAGUGGAAAGAGCUGAGGUUGAGCCACGUAAUAGUUGCCAUCUUUAUUUUUGAUAGAAUAUUAGUUUAUUAUUGAGUGGUAUUUGAGAUUUUGUUUUUGUAUUUCAAAGUAUAAAUUGUUCCUAUGUCUUAAUGUGUGUUAGGCUUGUUUACCUUUAAAUAAAUGUUACAUAUUUGUACCCUU